AUGAAUGAAAACAUUAAAGUAUUUUUAAGAAUUAAACCUAAUGUAGAAAAUUUUUCUAAUUUAAAAAAUGAAGAUUGUGCCUUAUAUAAGAUUAAUAAUAAUCAAUUGUACUUAUUUGAAAAAAAAAAAAGCUACAAUGAUAUAAGUGAAUUAAAAACAAAAACAUUUCAUUUUAAUCAUAUAUUUGAUGUCCAUAUUAAGCAAAAUGAUAUUUUUGAGUUAAUAGGAAAAAAUCUUAUUGAUAAUUUUAUUAAUGGAUAUAAUAGUUCAAUAUUGACUUACGGAAAUACUAAUAGUGGUAAAACAUAUACUUUAUAUGGAGAAAGAAACAAUUCAAAAGACAAAGGAAAUAACGGAUUAAUAUAUUUAUGUUUAAAUUACUUUUUUGAUUUAAAAAAAGUAAAUAAGAACGUUGAAAUUAGUAUAACUGUAGUAGAAAUAUAUCUUGAAAAAAUUAGAGAUUUAGGUAAGGUAUUUGAGUUAUCACAAUUAUCAACAACUAAUGAAGACUUAAUAAAUUAUUAUUCAAAAUUUCAUGAUAAUAUAAUUAGAGAAGACGAAAAAGGAAAUACAUAUGUAGAAAAUAUUACGUUAUUACCUAUAAAAAGCAUUGAAGAUGUUAUGAAUAUUAUAAAUCUAUGUUUCAAAUAUAGAAAAACAAAUGCAACAAAAAAAAAUUUAGUAUCAUCAAGAUCUCAUUGCUUAUUAACUGUUUAUCAACAUAAAUGUUUCAAAGAAAAAGAAUUUAUUUCUCAGAUAAAUUUUAUAGAUUUAGCUGGUUCUGAAAAAUUUAAUGAUAUAGAAAUGAUUAAUAAAAAGGAACUAAUAAACAUAAAUAACACUUUGUCUGUCUUAAAUAGAGUUAUAAUGGCAUUAAGUACUAAAAAUAAACUUAUAAAAAAUUUAGAGAAAAAAAAUGUAAAUGAAAAAUUAAAAAGUAAUAUAGAUUAUUCGGCUAAUGUUCAUGUUCCAUAUAGAGAUUCUAAAUUAACAAGACUACUAAAAAAUAGCUUAGAUGGAAAUUCAUACACUUAUAUUUUAAUUUGUUUAAAUUUAAAUAGUUAUAAAAUAGACGAUUUUAUAAAUAGUUUAAUUUUUGCAAAAAGAUGUAGAAUGAUUAAACAAAAAAUAAAAAAAAAUUUUAUAAAAAAAACUUCUAUUAAUUCUGAUAACCUACAAAGCAAUUCUUCAAAUGACAGCUCUUAUGAAAGUUUUGAUUCUAAUUCUGAAAAUUUUCAAUUUUUAAUUGAAGAAAAUAAAAAUAACAUUCUAUAUACUUUUGAUAAAAACAUAUAUAAUAAAAAAAGAAAUAAAAUAAAAAAUAUAAAUCAUAUAAGUGAUAUUAUGAUGAAUAAAAUGUUAAAUUUAUUUUCUCAUAUUAUUAGAAAAAAAUAUAAUGAAUUAACUAGACAGAAGAAUUCCAUGAUAAGCAAUUUAAUUAAGAUCAUUAAGUCAGAAGAAAAUAAUAAAGAAGAAAUGAAACAAAAUAAAAAUUAUCUUAUAAAAAUCUUAAAAAGAAAAAAAAAACGUUUAAUUAAUAAUGAAAAAUUUUUAAUUGAUCUUAUAAAUUCAAAAGAAGGAAUAGAUAAUAUAAAUGUAAAAAAUUAUAUGGAAGAUAAGAAUAAUCCUAAAAAACCGACAAUUGAGGAUAUAGGCAUCAAUAAUUCAAAUAAACUCUAUCAAUCAUUAGGUAAAUUAAAUGAAAAAGGAGAUAAAAGAUUUAUUUUAAGUAAAAAUGAGGAUGAUAUUUUUAUAAAAGGUAAAGAAAAUAAUAUGCUAAAUAAACAUGAUGAAUUAAAUGAUGAAUUAAAUGAUGAAUUAAAUGAUGAUAAUAUAAAUGUAAAAAAUAAAAAAAAGACUGCUAAAUUAAAUAGUAGCAAAGAGAAAAACGAACUGAUUAUUCAAUCAUUUUCAUCUUUAAAACAUUGUAAUUCUUUUAUUUAUGACAACUUAUUAAAGAGAAAAGAUGAAAUUAAAAUUAUUUAUUCAGAUAUUGAUAAAUUAUUGCAAACAGAAAUAAAAAUAUUAAAUAAAAAAAUAAAAAUUAUAGUUGACUUAAAUUCCCUUAAUAUUUCUUUAUUUAAUAAAGUAGAAAAAUUAGCAAAAAUUAUGAAAAAUAUUUACCAAAAUAAAUAUAAUAUAAUAAUCAAAAAUGGACAAAAAACUCUAAAUAUAACUAAUUAUUCGUAUGAACAAAUUAGAGAAUCUUAUGAUAUCGAUAUUUUUCAUUCAGAACAAAAUUAUCUAAAAGAAGAAAGUAAUAACUUCAAAAACAUAGACAAAAAUAUAAUUGAUUUAUAUGAAAAAAUAAAUAAAAAAGAAAUUAAUCAUGAAGCAAUUAAUUUAUAA